CUGGCUUCUUUGAAUCAUAUAAUGUCGUCUUCGAUAUCACCUUUUUAUCGCCCAGGAGUUUUUCCUGCGUUAUCCUCUCGCCUCCUUACUAGUGCCUCGCAAUCUCUUCGAGCGGCAAUUCAACAACAGCUUAUACUCAAAAGUUUUUACAGUACACCUCUACGGGUUACUGGCUUACCACUAACCACAACCAAAGGGUUCACUUACUUGAUAUCUGCGUCAUGGCAUCCAAAAAGAAGACGAAGUUCAGUUCCUAUAACUACUAAUAACCCUUGGUUGAAAGAACGCAUGAAGGUUGGAAAAGUUGAUGCAGGAGAAGAUGCUUUCUUCUACGUAGGAACAAACGAAGGAGUAGCUUUAGGAGUUGCGGAUGGUGUCGGUGGCUGGACUCAAUAUAUUGAGCACUUUGAAGAUUAG